GCAAAGAUUAAAAUUAACUCUCUCUUGAUUGUGAAGAUUAAAAUUAUAACCCCUGCCUAUUUUUAGGUUUUAAUCACCAAAAAUGUAAACACUCUACUUAAAAGUUGAGUAUGGAGAUCUAUCCAUUUUUAGAUCUGAUCACCAAAAGUGUAAACAUUCCACUUAAUCAUUAAAUGGGAAAUCUGUGACCCAUGUGAGCAAUAGUGAGUGACAAAUCAGAAUUGACUGACUGCCUCCAGGGAAGUCCUAAAGCAGGACUUCCACUGUGAUUGUUAGAUGUAUAAUUAGGGGAAGGUACCGGAGUCCCUUUGGUCACAUGAGUGAUAGGGACUGAUCUCUUUUCUUUGCCUCAGCUAUCUAAGGGCUUGGGCCUUUUGGCCCAGCCUAAACAGAGGGGGUAUUUAAGCCCUAUUCCCUUCUCUCUCUCUCUCUCUCUCUCUCUCUCUCUCUCUCUCUCUCUCUCUCUCUCUCAUACCUUCCUUCCUCCUGUUUGUAAUUAAACUCCAUAAAAGGUUGACUGCUGACUUGAGUUUUCAUUAAGGAAUUACAUAGCUGAAUUCCUUGGCAACCUUAAAUUAAUAUAUAUCAGUCUUUUAAAGUGAUUUCCUUGUCACACUUCUUACAAAAAAAUCAAACCAAUAUUCAUUUUAAAGAUUUUGCACCUCUCCAAAUCCCCCUGAAUUUUCAAAGAUUAUUGAUAGUUGUUAAUUAGGCAAGCUUUUUGAAAGACAUGAAUCUUGAAUGGAAUUUGAAAGAAGGAAAUAAUAAUAUGAGUGAAGUAAAAUUAUCUGGGGAACCUCUAACUCAGUCAAAUCCUGGGAGAUACACCUCAGCAUAUCAACAUAGGAAUCAGUCACAUAUCUAAAGGGCAUCUGACUUGACUCCAUUAUCCCACAUUAGGUAUGAAAAGUCAUUUAUAUAGAAUCUAGUAUAUUCCAGGCACCAUACUAAAUGUUUUACAAAUAUUUCAUUUUAUCCUCACAACAACCCAGGGAGGCAAGUGGGACAGAACAAGUAUUUAAAUAACACAAUAACCUUUCAAGAUAGAUGCCAUUAUUAGUUUCAUUUUAAAGGUGAAAAAAUGGAGGUAAACAAUUAGGUGAUUUUCCCAGGAUCACACAGUAAGUGUCUGAGAUUGGACAUGAAUUUAGGCCUUCCUGACUCCAGGUCUUGCUCUCUAUCCUCUGCAAUACUUGUAAUGGCUUAAUCUUUGUAUAGCAAGCUGGUGCCAUAUAACUCAUGAAAAGGAUACAUGCUUUUAGAUUGCCUCAAAGUAGGGACAGAUAUGAUUCACAGAAGAACAACAAUAAUAGCUCACAUACGAUGCUUUUAAGAUUCGCUAAGCAUUUUACAAGUAUUAUCUCAAUAAUUUACCAGAAAUGAACAGAGGUAAGAAAAGUAGGUCCAGGGUAGGAAUGCAGUUUGUUACCACAGACCUGAAAGAAGCUAAAUGGGGAAUAUAGCAGACAUACCUGGGAUUUUGACAUCAUUAACCCUUGACUUUAAUUAGCUGAAGCAAAGAGGUAAGGGAGAGAAAUACAACAGAACUGAGCAUAGAAAAUUAAAAGGACAAACAGAAUGGUAUAGAAAAUAAUUGAGUAGAUUAUUACACAACUGAGUAAGCAUUGUGAGUAGAAAAGCACAUAAAAUUAACAUAAAUGUAGAAGAGUAGCAAAGAAGAAUGGGGAGGAGAAUGAUAGUUUUGGGAAAUAAGUAGACAUUAGCUAAAUUCUUCAUAUGAAAUCUUCACUUAUAUUUUAAUGUCUUGACAGGUAGUGGACUAUGAGACAAUUCAACACCAGUUCUCAAGACUUCAUUUUGUUGGGAUUCUCAGAUUGGCCCCAUUUGGAACAUCUCCUCUUUGUGAUCAUCUUGAUCUUUUAUCUCUUAACCUUGGUUGGCAACACAGCCAUCAUUGUUGUGUCCAAUUUGUUUCCUCAGCUCCAUACCCCCAUGUAUUUUUUUCUCUGUCAUCUCUCUUUCUUAGACCUGUGUUAUACAACUAGCAUUGUCCCUCAGCUUCUGGUUAAUCUGCAUGGAUUUGACCGGACCAUCACUAAAGGAGGUUGUGUGGCUCAACUCUUUAUUAGUCUUGCCCUAGGUUCUACCGAAUCUGUUCUUCUGGUGGUGAUGGCUUUUGACCGGUAUGCUGCUGUGUGCCGGCCCCUCCACUACACUACUAUCAUGCAACCCUGGCUCUGUCUCCUGCUGGCUUCCAUCUCCUGGUUUGGAGGUUUUGUCAACUCAGUGGCCGAGACAGGACUUAUGAUGGCUAUGCCUCUCUGUGGCCUACGCUAUCUGGACCAUUUUUUCUGUGAGAUGCCUGUAUUCUUAAAGCUGGCAUGUAAGGAUACUAAAGACACAGAAGCCAAGAUGUUUGUCGCCCGGGUCAUUAUCUUGGUGCUCCCUGCCUCACUCCUCUUGGUCUCCUAUGUGUACAUAAUCCAAGCAGUACUGAAUAUUAAGUCAGCAGAAGGGCAGAGAAAGGCAUUUGAGACAUGUGGGUCUCAUCUAAUGGUGGUCUUUCUUUUCUAUGGAUCUGCUAUCUAUACUUAUCUUCAGCCCACUCACAACUACUCCACAAGUCAUGGCAAGUUUAUUGCUCUCUUUUAUACUAUUAUAACUCCAAUGCUCAACCCUCUUAUUUAUACCUUGAGAAACAAGGAUAUGAAGGCAGCUUUGAGGAAGGUGAUAAAAAGAAAAAGAGCCUUGGGGUAGAGAAGACAAUGAAGAACUUCUGGUAUGAUAAGUAAUAGAAAUCUCAAAGGCAGACAAAGCUGAGUCUAGAAGAUCACUGGAAUAAUAUUACAUAUAGAAUAAUUUAAGAACUUAGCUUGGGUUUCAAGGUCCUCUUGUUCCAACCUACUUUUUCAGCCUCAUCUUAUUUUGCUUCUCUUUAAUGUGCUCUGUGCUCUGGUAAAAUGUAAAUUCUAUAUGUUCUCCAAUCUUGUUUUGCCCUCUCCAGCUUCUGUGGAUUUCUAUAGAAGGACAUAACUAUGCUCCAUGCCUGGAAUUCCUUCCUUCCCCUACUCUUAUUGUUUAAAUCCUUCUUUUUCCUUCAAGGUCUAAUUUAGUCAUUUGUCACUUCUUUCAUGAAGUCCUCUUUUAUACUUUCUCUGCUCUUUCUUCCUUUGCCAUUUUCUUAUGUUGUUCUGCUUGGUAUAUGGAGGAUAUUCCAGGAAAGCAGGUAAAAAUUACAUGAGAAAAAGUAAGUUUGCAAAAACAAACAAACAAAAGACAGAUGCUAUUUAUUUUUAAGUAAUACAGUGAAAUACAGACAUAGCUCAGAGCAGCCUAUUAAGAGAGAAAACAUAUCUAAAACCAAAGGAAACUGGAGUCUAGAAAUAUGAGUAGGUUUAUUUGAUGUAAAAUAAAUUGUUAUUAAUUAUGUAAGUAAGUAAAUGAAUAGGGAGUCAAAGAAGGCCAAUGGGAUGAUGAGAUAGGAAGAGAAAGAAGAAGAAAGAGAAAUAAAGGGAUGAUGAACACUAUUAAGAGUAAAGAAAAAGGUAAAAAAUUAUAUGAAGUACAGAGGAUAUAAAUGGAAAGAGAGAAAAAUAAGUGAAGAAUAUUUGAGAAAUAUAGUCAAGGUAGCAAAGAGAAUCAGUAGCCUCAGAAAGAAUAGUAAUGAGAAAGAGUGAUUGGGCAAAAGAAAAGGAAGAAAGGGAGGAAAGAAUUGCCAAGACUUGAAAAGAGGUCUUUGAAAUGAAUCUCCUGAUGUUUUAUAUUUAUGAAUUAUGUAAGACUGACUAUGCAGGGAUGGGAAAAACAGUGAUCAUGUACAAUCAAUCUAUUUAAAUGAAUUCUAUUUAUAAUAUACUUACUUUGUUUAGAGGAUUAUUAGGGACUAGCAUGAUUGUGUCAAGUGAAAGAAAAGUAAUACAGAAGAAAAGGAAACAAAAAAAGAGGAGACAAAGGAAAAGUGGUAGACAAGAGCAUCAGUGACCAUAACCACUGUCCCAAAACCCAUUGCUAUGGGACUCUUUCCCUACUGGUGGAAAUAAAUGUCCUGCAAUACAUGAAGGGUAGGGCAGAGUUGGUGAGAGUGGGAGAGCUCCAGCCUCCUUCAGUCCCCUUCAGGACUCUUUAGGUUGCAAGUCUUCUUCAAUAUUCAAGUAUAAGUUGCUUAGAUCCUUCGAACUUUCAUUUUUGAGAGAAGAUGAAGGGGACACCCUACUUAAGGUUGCUGUAGGAAAAGACUCUGGACAAAUAUGAGAGGAGCUUUGCAGUUUUCAUGAUGUUCCUAUUCCCAGCUACCUAUGGUAGAGAUUUUGAGGAGUUUUUCCUUGGGUGAGAUGUGGGACCCUCUCUCGGCUAGGCUAGCUCAUGCCCAAUGGGGGAACUCCUUUACUAUGUAUUGUCUAGUACAUAUUCUCCUAUAUAUCUCCAGAACACCAUAAUAUCUUGCAAAAAUAAAUGAACAGAAAUUAUAUUCCUUUGUUUGGAACUCCCAUCUUUAAGGAAAGGAUCCCACAUGUAAUGGAGGCCCACCUUUGUAAGGAGUUACACAAUAGGAUAGUGAAGCUUAAAGGCAGGUAGAAUAAACAUUUCUAGCCUCUAGCCUCUUAUCCCAAACCCUUAUCUUCAACAGAUACUUUGACUCCUAUCAAGAAGGGAUGAAGGAAGUGGGACUGGAGGCUAUUCUGAUAUCCUCAGAGAGGGUAUAACACAUGAGAAUUAUACAAGGGUUCUCCUAAAUACUAUUAGUUAGGGGAUAUAAUUAAGUUCAAUCUAUCUUCUGACUAUUUGAUAAAUAUUAUUGGGGACAAUGAGGACUUCAGGUUUUAUAUCAAAGGUUUGUGGGUAUGGUGAAUAGCAAAGAAAAGCCAUUUAUACAGAUUGUUAGCAAAAGAAACAAAAAAGGUGCAUGUAGGGGAAUAUAUACCAUGCAAUGUAGAAUGAAGGUUCUUUCUCAUUGGGAUCAAGAUAAUUCAGCUCAACCAAAAGAGAAAGGAAGAGUUUUUGGUUUCUCUUAAGAUCACUUGAAGUCUCUACUGUAGCUAGCUGGGAAUAGAGAAAUUUUAGAGACUGCCAGAUCCUCUCAUGUUUCCAGAGUCCUUUUUUUUUUCUCUCCAGGUAACCAGAAGUGAAUUUGGCCUCUUUCAUUUUCCCUCUCAGAACUGGAAGCCAGAAGCAUGUAAAGCAACUUACACUUGAAGAAUCCUGAAGAAGACUUGAAACCUGAAGAGUCAUAAGGGGACUGAAGAAAAAUGGAGCUCUCCCACUCUCACUAACUCUGUACCUCUCCUCACAUGGGGGCAGGGCAUUCAUUUCCACCAAUUUGGAAAGGAUUCCAUAUCAAUGGACUUUGAGGCAGGGGUUAUGUUCAGUUACAAUUAAGAAAGAAAAAGUCAAGAAGCAAUUGAAGAAAAUAGAAAAAGUGUAAUAGAAGAUAAGAAAGAAGAUGGUUAGGAAAAAUUUAGGAGAAAGGCAAAAAUAAAUAAUUUUUAAAGAUUAAAGAAAGAAAAAUAAAAAUCAAGAAAUGAAAAAGGAGAAAAGUUACUAAAAGCUGAAUAGAAGUGAAAAGAAAAAAGCUAAUAGAAAAGAGAAAAGAGCAAAUAGUGGGGAAAGAGGAGAGGAUAAACCCAAGAAAUUGAGCAGAAUUGUAAGCAUAAAAAUUAAUAUAUAAUAAUUCCAAAUGUCAUAUUUAAUAAGAUUUAUUAAUAAUAACUAAAAUAAAAAGCUACAGUAAAAAGGGAGCUAACUCAGCCAUGGUCAUGAGAGAAUAGAGAGUGAGGGAGGAGUUACACAGAACUUAAACACAGUAUAAGGCCACUAACCUGCAUGAAAGGAAAAGGAUUCUGGGAGAUGAAGUCCAAGGGUUCAAGAUUUUCUAAUGACACAGAAUAUAAUGUUUGACAAUGACAGAAUGAAGGAAAAAUGAAGAAAUAAUUCGAGAUAUCAGGAAAAAUGUCUCUCAGGUGUUUGAGAAAGGCUAUAUUCAUCAUCACAAUGAAAACUAAAUUUAGGGACUACUGUGUGGAAGCAUUAGACAAAGCUUUAAUUUUAAAUAUUCUAAAAUGUAAAAAAAAAUUGAAUGGGCCUGUUUCCCCAUUGUUAAGUUCUUCCCAGACCCUCUAUUUUGGGGAAUGUUUACAGUCCAGCUAUCCUUCAUCGUUGUGAUUUAGACAUUUAUCCUCUGUCUGUCAGUUCCUCUUUCAUUUAUUUUUCCUCUUUAGAAAGGUUGCAGAUAGUAUCUUUCUUUUUUGCUUAAAUUUACAUCCUCAGCCUGCAGCAGAGUGAUUGGUACAUAGGGUUUAAUAAAGGCUUUUAAACUAACAUUUCAACUGUUUUUGAGUGGGGGAAAAUCUUUAAAAGUUUCCAUUAGAAACAAUGUGUUUGACUGUUAAAAGUUCCCUAUCAUGUGCUUAAAACAUAAACAGGUAGAUUCCCAAAGUUAGGAACAAAUGGACACUAACAACCCUAGAAAACAUUUGAGGCAUAAGUGGAUACAAGGUAUCUUGUAUUUCCAGUUCAUGCCUAAUUCUCCUUUAUUGAGGAAAAGAGAUGGUGUGACAUUUCUACAACCUCCAUUAGAUAAUACAAACUAUGUAAUUAUUUUAGAAAUGGAUUUUGACUUCUUAGAAACAAGUUAAUAACCAAAAGGAAUUAUACCAAGAGUGAAGAAAAUUGGAUUCUAGUUCUCUUUCUGUGGCAGAUUAUUUAUGUGACCCAGGGCAAAUUGUUUUACCUUUCAGGGUCCCAUUUUCCUCAAGUGGUAAAAAAAACAAAUAAGCAAACAAAAAACCUUGAGGGGUCACUUAAACCUUUUGAAGAUAUGUUUUUUUUUUUCAGACUUCAUUCAUGUUUCUUGAGAAAGCAAUGUGGUCUGUAGCCAAAAAUAAGAUCACCAUCUAGUGGUAUUUUCUUCAAACUGCACACACAAGUUUUUGGAGCCAGAAAUUUCUGAGAAAAAAAGUUAUGCUUAAGUAAAUAAACUCAGAAACACACAGCCUUAAAAGUGGCAAGAGAUGUUAGAGAUUUUAUCAUACAUCAUAGAUCUGUUUGGGAAGUACAAAACUAAUCCUUGCACAUAAGGAUGUUAAAAAAGAAUUCAUCUCCCUUUGUUUUUUUAAAUUUUAUAUGGGACCUGGAGGUCCUUUACCAUUGAGAUGUGUAGGGAUAGGCCAGCCCACAGUGAAAGGAAGUAGAAACCAACUAGAUAGGAAAUUGAUCCCACUGCCACUCCCCUACCUUCUACCCCUCCCCCUUCCAAAUUAAGGAUUUAAUUGGUUCCUGAGAUGUGACAUGGGAGAACUAGUGGGCGGAGAAGAAAAGGGCUUAUAAAGGUAUGACCAGAGGUCUGAUGAGUUUUUGGGGGGUUGGAGGGAUUCCCAUUUGGAUUCAGGUGGAGAUUGGGAUUCAUUCCUGGGUUGAUGAUUCGAGCUGAAGAGACACUACUGUGCUGGUGACUUGCUGAAGGGAAGUGGUUGGUGGUCUUGGGAAGUGAGGUCACAAAGAAAUGGAGAGAGUGAGAGCAAGAGUGAGUGAGUGAG